UCUGCUCACCUAAUGUCGGGGUCGAGCAGCUGGAGAAGCAGAAGGAGGAAUUUGAAGACAAGGUGGCUGAAAUCUUGAACGGACGUUGCGGUAACCUGCACGACUCUGCAUGUCCACCUGGCCAACAGAUCAGGAGUGAGGACGUGCGCGUGGUGUCCAGCCGCCAGCAGGGCCGACAUCUCGUUGUUCUCCUCUCGGUGGCGACAGACGGCCACCUGCCGGCCGCAGUCAUGGCCGCCAGCGACUACGAGGAGCUGGAAACUCUCUUUCACACGGACCUACAGUCUCUCGACUUGCAGAACGAGGACAGCGAGGAGGCGGCAGCUGCACAUCUUCCUGAAUGGCUCAUCGGAGUCAUCGUGGUCGUAAUUCUUCUCAUCAUCGCCUUCUUCGCCAUGGUCAUUUACUCUCUGAUGAAGGAGAGAAAAAAAAGUCGAGCAGGCAGCUAUGGGGGUACCACUACAUCGGCUUCCAUUUGUGAGGACGUUGAGGUGGGCAAGAGUGAUGGUGCCAUCCGCAUCACGGCUUUCUCUCUCGAGCAGGACAAGGACAGCGGGGUGGGCAACGGCCACUCCAAAAACGGUUCCAGCGGUACAGGCUGGACGCUGGACUCGGAGGCAGCCGCCACAUUGCAAAGGCGAGAGCCUGGCGUGUCUGGGUGCAUGAAUCCUGCUUUCAUUGAUGAUGAUGACGACGACGAAGACAACGCAGACAAGGACAACUCCAAAUGUGAAAGCGCGAGAGGACAAGGAGUCGGGAAAGACCAAGGUUUCUAAGAAGAACAAGGAAGCCAAAAACCAGAAAGGCUCCUCCAAAACAUCAAAAAGCCCAAAGAGCGCGAAGACUCCCAAAAGCCCCAAAGGCAGCAAAAGUCCCAAGAGCGCGAAGAACGAGAAGAACAAGGACGCAGACAAGUCCGCGGCCAGUGAAGAGCCACCGGAGAGAGCUGUAAGGAGAAUGGAAAUAUUUCUAAAGGAGUGGAGGAUCCCGUCAGCGCUGUGCACGGCGUAGCUCAUGAGACGACAGACAUCGGCCAGACGACAGCGCAGGCUGAAUGUCACAAAGACGAAAACCAAGACACAGCUGUCCAGGAGGAAAAUACCUCUGCAGGUCCAGAGGGGGAGGCAGGGAAAGAAACAUCUAACGAAGACGCGGAGAAGGGGAAGGUGGAGGUCGUAGUGGACCACGAGCUUCCUCCGAGAGACCUUCGGGAUGGACUGGUGCUGCACAUGGAAAAUUCUGGAGAAUCCGGCGACAGGGAAACUUCACCAGAAUCUUCGACCGACGACAAAGAAAACCACCCAGACCUGAGCACAAAUUUGUAAAAAGAGUUUUCCACGACCCAGUUCUUUCCGAAGUGGGUCACGUCCUCACCUGAUGUUGAGAGCUGGCAUUCGAUUAAUUGCGAGAACUGCUAUGUUUAUUUCUAGAAACGCAAAUGGCUGGAGAACCUCAUUGGCACUUGGCAAGUUGAGUGUGUACAUACACAUUUUGUGGGAUGCCGACCGAGCGAGCGCUUUGAUCUCACGGUUUUCUCUUCGGUACAUAAGGUGCAGAGUUCGUUUACCUGAUUUCUCAGGUGACAAAACAUGCAACGAACAUCUCCUUUGUCUUUCGGUUUCCUACUUUUAAUUAUUUUCGUUGCGGAAAUUAAGAAUGGGCAUUCAAAACUACUUCUGAUGAAAAUCAACAAUACCCUUGUAUCAUGAUCUCGCAGGUUUCGCCAUACAUUAAUCGUUUAUCGUACAAAUUUCUUUCGAAAUAAUGAAUAAUAUUAAAGUACAUUCCAGCUUUCCUGUUUUGAGCUGUAGAGGUUUUGACUAUGCAACAAAUAAGUGUAGUUCAACAGUAAAAUAUAAUCUGUGUCGAAAUUAUUUAUUAGGAAUGCCCAAGAUAGGCAUGUUGUGAUGUGUGUCCGAAAUCUGACACUUGUCAACUUCUCCUUGACGAACCGAACAACUGUCGAAUCUUGAAUAUCAGACCCUGCCAUGGGUACUGCCUUUAUCGGGGUUGGGGGGAUAGAAUCGCAGAGGUGUUGCUGCUGAAAAAUAUUUUCAAAACUGUCUUUACAAGUUUGCUUUGCAAGUAUAUAUUAUUACUGAAGGAUCAUUCGAUAUCACUGCAUAUAGAUAUAACAAUCAUAAAGACUUCUUCCUGUAUUUAAAACAACGAUUUGAUUCUACACAAAUGUUUCGUUUAUGGUAUUUCAUCUAAGGAAUGGAACCGUUGUUAAUGAAUUUGCUGUAUGCGCAGACUUGCUCCUUGUAGUUAUUGUCCACUUUCUCGAUGUGUCAAAAUACGGAGGGCAGUCAACACGUUUCUGUCUUCGCUUUUAAAAAUCCAUCCGGUUGCAGGUCUGCAAUACAGUUAUGAAAUGUAUCUGUGCUAAACAUUAAAGUGUUUUUUUAUUACCACGUGCACUUUCACAAAGCUCGCUGUUGAAGCGAAUGGCUUGUUCACCUUCUCAGAGGAAGCCAUGAAAACACGGGACUGAGGACCUUCACGCUCGGCUCUGACUGUGGCGCUGAACUGUUUGUACACAGCAACUAUAUUCACUUAAGGUGAUGCACAUUGCAAGGGUAAACUCGCAAAUGAUUUUUUUUGUUGCCAUUCAUCGAUGUAGAUUACACAACUGUUUGUGCAGUACUGCUGCUUGAAUCAUCGUGCAAGUUCUCAGUACCGGGUUCCUGAAAAAUAUGCAACAUGAUGUAUGAAUGAGACAAAAUGUAAUGAUUGAAUGUGUCCCACGACGUUUCUGUAUUUAUCGACUUUUUAUGCAAGUAUACAAGUAUCGUAGAAUAAAGUAUGUUGUUCUGAAA